AAUACUUCAGUCGCUGCUUGCACAACACCGACCGGACACUGAUUAAGUCCAUGUCAACCCCCCUUGAUGUGACCCACACCUGCGUCGUAAUUGAUUCGACCCUUCCUGCUGGCUAUCGAAUCAUAUACCUGGUCUUUGACCUUCCAAGUCGACUCAUCACCUUUCUCCGAUCCAGCGAACGCGCUUAUGCACCUCCGAAUCGGGGUGAGGCUCGGCGGUGCACUUCCUGUCCAGGCUCCGCGUUACAUCACUGUCAGGCAAUUCUGCCUUACAUAUAUUCCUUUGGCAAUAUACGAACGCAUUCCCUUCCUGUCGAACACUAUACUUUACCCAAUCUACCUCGACACGCGCUGGCAUGUCCAACCAACACUCUAAUUCGAGCGACUCACCCACUUCAGAGGUCGCGUCCAAUAACACCUCUCCGGCCCAACUAGUCACCUCACUCACCUCGAAUGACUUUGACACCCAGACAUCUUACUCUCAUGACACACCCAGUCGGUUAUCAAUAGAUCUCCCUCGCUCAGGUGCGACAAGCAAAGGUGGUUGCUGGACUUGUCGACUGCGCAGAAAAAAAUGCGACGAGCAGCGUGAGGGUGACUCAUGUCACACGUGUAAUCGCCUCAAAAUAAAAUGCCUUGGAUGGGGCUCCAAGCGUCCCGACUGGAUGCGAGACAAGCAAGCUGUUGAAGCAUACAAGGCAGACAUCAAAGCGCAGCUCACGAGAGCUGGCAUGAUUCGCGGACAGCCGAAGCCACCAGUGGUACAGGCCAAAGCAGUAUCAUCGUCUGUGUUCACUGCCCAACAGUAUCAGGGCUCCUCUUCAAGUGGACCCCAUACGACAAGCGAUCCAAUACCAACACCUAGUCUCAUCUUCGACGACCCAUCACAGAGCCUGAAUCUCGCGGAAAGUUCUACGAUGAUGUCAGCGUUGGGUAGGGGAGCUGUAAUGGGGGACAUUGAGCGGACCGCUGACGUAUAUACAGGAUCUUCUUCGACGUCCCGUCACUCACCUUGCGGUUUGCCUCCGCAAUUUGACCAUAAUUUUUCCCAACUGAGCACUCAUUCGCCAUUCACACCACCACCAUCAAUACCCCCCUCACACCAUUCCCCGCAUGACCUCCUGCAUUUCACUCCCACUUUUCCAUCCACUAGCACCUUCAAUCAGGAAAUCGACGCAGCGGCCGUAUCCAGCCACAGUCCACAAUUUGAACACGUACUGUAUUAUUUUCAGCGGGUCUGCAGGAUCCAAUUUCCCUUCGCCAGCACCGCUGCUGAGAACAUAACCUAUUCACUUGUAAAACAGAACCCACACAGUCCAUUGACAGACGCUCUUUGCGCCCUUGCGAGCCUUCAUGACAUAUGUAUCCGUGCAGCUGGAGGAAUAGAACCGAGUACGGUUGAGAAUUCGCAAGCAUUCGCAUUUUACGAUAAUGCGUACGCACAACUACACCACAACAGACAGGGGGUCUUAAACGAGAUAGACGCUAAUGCUGCAUUACAUCUCUUGAGCUUUUCAACGUUUUCAGGGGGUGCAACGGAAUGGCAGCCCAUGUUCGACAUUGUGAAUGAAUGGUUCCUGCGGACGGGAAUCAUGGCGCACGAUAAUCCAAAGUUGGCCAUCAUGAACAUGAGUAGUGCUGCGCGAUUAGCCCUAAAGAGCACAAUGUGGCUAGAUGUCGUGUCCACAGUCACAUCGCUCGCAGUGCCCAGGUACCUCCAGCUUUACCGUCGUCUUUAUCUUGGAGGAGGGGGUUUUUGGGCAGCAUCCGGGCGGUGCACUCCCGAGGAACUCGACACACGAGUGGAAAGCCUGACAGCAUGUCCCGAUGAAAUAUUGUUGGGGAUCGCUGAGAUAUCUUCGCUCGAGUGCUGGAAGGUACAAGAAAUGCGGAAAGGUACGCUCAGCACGCGAGAGCUGAUUCGCCGUGGUGAUAUCUUGGAGAGGCAUCUUCGGAUCGAGUGCGAACCAGCAUGUGCGCCGGAAGCAGACCAAACGCGCCUCCAUCCCGGGUCGGUCAUGAGUGGCGACCCUACUACGACAGGGCUUCCCAGAACGGCGUCACCGGCAGACGUUACUCGGCAACUGGUGGCCAAGAUAUUCCGUGAAACGGCAUUGGUGUAUUUGUACACAGUGUUGAACGGUUCAUAUCCUGGAGUUCCCGAGAUCAUGCAAUCAGUAGAUGUCGUCAUCCAGUUGCUCCGUCAACUGCCAGGAUCUGUCAUGGAUCAAGGGCUGCUGUUCCCAAUUUAUCUGGCCGGAUGCCUGACAGACGACGCAGUCCAACAGGAUGCGCUCAGGACAAGGUUGCUCGGCAUACAUGAUGGCUUUCGUAACGUCCACCAGGCGGUGAGAGUCCUCGAGGCGGUGUGGCAUCGACGCGACAAUAGAAGUGGUGCAGUUGAAUGGCGGGACCUACUGCACGUACAAGGGAGACAUCGACUCUUACUGGUCUGAGAAGAUCCCCCACGUCAGGCAUACACGCUCGAAUACCUUUACCUUUUUGCUGCGGGUGGCUUGCAGCAUCCUAAUCGCUACUAUUAUUAUUCGCGAUCUUUCGGUGACU